UACCUCAAACCAUCCCUCUAUAUUUAGACUCGGGGGCGAGGAUUUUGUGUACACGAUGUCAGCGCGGUGUCUGCAAUUCGUAAAACAUUAUCGAGGUGGCCUGUUAAGUAGCGUAUCCCUAACCCCCGGUUUAAAUUACUAGGUCAAGUUCAAGCCAGAAGCUUCAAUCCGACUGCAAUGUCAGCUUCAGCCGUGCGGUUGUAAGCGUAAAGAUGUGUCAUGCUUCGUAGAGGCUGGCAGGGACGUGCGCGCGAUUGGAGAGAGCGAUACAAGAGAUUGGGAAAAUGUGCGCCCGAGUCCUCACGUGUCCGCUGUGCUCGCAGCCUGGAUUCUUAACGCUCGACGCGCUACGGGCCGGACUUGUGAGCGUAGCGACUCGACCUCUCAUAUGUCCCGUUUGUAACGAGGUGCUGCUGGGUAUAGAUAAGUUAACUAUACAUCUAUUUGGUCACACGAUCAAUCUGAGCAGUGGUACAGCAGAAUCGUCCAAGUCUGCGGAUGUCGCUGCCGCUGAUGGACACUUGGUCACCGCCCACUCGCACAACGUCGCUCCGCAGGACUGGAACACGUUGAAGCAAUUGGACAGGACUGUAAGCAACAACAACGGUACUCGCGCAGAGCCGUCGAACGUGGGGGACGGUAUCUCUGUCGUCAACUCUCAGUCUAAAGCGCAGGGCCAAAAUUCGCCGGUGAGAAGCGCCGGUCAGUCCAGUCUCAUAUCGGAUUAUAAUCGUGACGUGAUAAAAGUGAACAUCUUUCCGCUGUCAGACAAGAGCGCAGUCCAGAGAGCCGAGCUGCAACAACUGAAAGCAAAUUGCGCGGGGCAAUAUUUUUGUAGUGACAAUAUCGAACGCUCGAACGUACCCCAGGAAGCUGUACAGGUGGAAGAAACGGCUACAUCGGACCUAAUUAUUGUGACAAAAGCGGCAGGAACCGUAGACGCCAACGCCUAUCGACAUAUCGGAGAAUGCGCUGAACCGAACAGCGAUCAAUGCGUCAUAAAAGAAAGGCUGAUGAAAGAUUUAAUUGAAGAGGAACACCUCCCUGAUUUCCAGUCGGUCCAGAAUGUAAUGGCAAGUGUCUGCGCGGGAGAGUCGCCAGAGGAGCGCGAUGGUGAGAAAAACUUGCCCGAUGCGAGGAAAACGGACGCCAGGGAUGAAGAGAAGAAUUUAGAACAUGAGCAAACGUUGCUGCACACACAAACGAGCGCCAAGGCCUUCUGCACGAUAGCGCCGAAGGAAAAGACGGAGAGAUGUAACGUAUGCGGCUUCCACUUUCCUGAUACCAAUAUCUUGGCCUUGCACAAACAACUGGUGCACGAGCAGGACCUGAGCGGCAACCUCGAGAGAGUGCCCAAGAAUUAUUCCUGCCACCUGUGCUCCAAGGUGUUCAAGAUGCGGGGCAGCUUAAUGGUGCAUAUGAGAGUGGCGCACGUCGGACAUAACUUGGGUUCUUUUCCCAGGGACGACCAGACUGAUGUCGCGUGCCCAGACGCUGGGUACACGUGCCCCACGUGUGGGAAGAAAUUCAAGAAAGAGCAGCACGUGGUGCAGCACUUGAAAACCCACGAGGGCAAGCAAUGGGAGUGCGACACCUGCGGUAAGAUGUUCACGACCAAGUACUUUCUGAAGAAGCACAAACGACUGCACUCGGGAGAGAUGCCGUACAAGUGUAAGAUAUGCGACAAGAGCUUCACCUUCCAACAAUCGUAUCACAAGCAUAGGCUUUAUCACAAAGACGAUAAGCCGCACACCUGCGCGACCUGCGGUAGAUCGUUCAAAGAGCUCUCCACGCUGCACAAUCACGAGAGGAUUCACACCGGCGAAAAGCCGUUCGCGUGCGAGACGUGCGGAAAAUGUUUCCGCCAGCGUGUUUCGUACUUAGUCCAUCGUCGAAUUCACACAGGAGUGAUGCCUUAUAAAUGCACAAUGUGUGGCAAAAGCUUCCGAUACAAGGUGAGCCAAAGAACGCAUAAAUGCCCCGUGCAAGCAUCAGGCAGAGCCCAGCAAUUGAUAACAGACGCGCGGGAGGCCGAUAACGGAACGGCCGGGGUGCAGGCCGCCGGCGUCCUGCAAGAGAGUCAAUCGAUGACGAGCACCGCCGACAGCGAGGAAAACAAGUUCGUUUUGAUAAUAAACGUCCAAGGCCAACCCGUCUUAGCAUUGCAAUCAGAAAUCAAUAACAUGUCUGCCGAGAGAAAGGAGCCAGGCGUUGAAUUCAGAGACGCCGAUUCGAAGAGCAAGACAUGGGAUACCAACAAUGCCGGUCGCGCGGCACUCGACGAGUCGGUCGAAAGGGCGCAAUCGUGCGACGAAAAGAUAGACGCGAAAAGUACCAGCGACUUCUUUUCCAUGGUGAUGUCGCCCCUGGAAACCGGCAUGUCAUCCCCGACGUUCGAGAUGGAGCACUUGAGGGUGUCGUCGCCUAAGCGCAAGGAGGACUCGCUGGAUUCCUACGCCGAUUUCCCGCAGGUUUCUGACAACGCACAAAUAAACCUAGUAGAGCCGGGCAUGGAGCGAGGCUUCGGUCACGGCAAGGACGUCGCUGAUUCUCUGCAAACCAUAAAUGAGGAAUCGCUCAAGGAAUUGCUGUACGGUAUGGAUAGAAAAUGAAGCAAAUGUGUACUUACUGCUCGAUAGUACAAAUUAACGUUACAUUAGCGUCCGUCGUAGACAAAUAUACGUAUAGAGAACAUGGAUAAUUUAUUAAAGGUUUAAAAUUUGCCAUGU